AUGGCCGAUACGACCACCCAUGACACUGUGGGCGCGUCAACUCUCGCGACGCCUCUCUUCAUGCCCUCGUCACCCCCCUCUCGUCGUCAAAACGCACAGAGCUACUCUCCCCUGAGCGCGAAGAGUCCUCGUACUGUCGAUCGCGUCGCGACCACAACCUACGCCGAUGAUGCCCGCUCUCCGCUAAAACAGAGCUACUCGCCGCGGUCCUCCCGAGCGUCGUCGCUCGAGCGCGCCGCGAACGACAUCGACGCCCGUCUGGCGCAAUACACCGUCGAUUUCAGCCAGUACCCGAGCACCCAAGCGCUGGACGACCAUGUGGAUCCUCUUGCGGAAUUCAAGUUUCCGCAUGAAGACGACCUGUCGGAUGUCGGAGGUCCAGCGGAUUUCACUGCGAAUCUGGAGAAAUACCUGAUGGACGACGGCGAUACUAUGGAGGAUAAGCACUUCAUGGACUUUCGGCAUGAUGGACACGACUUGUCGGAGCUUGAGCCCCUGUUUGAUGAUUUGGAGGAGCAGGAACGCGAUCUGCGCCACCUGGAAAAGGAGGAAGACGAAAACCCCCUGCCUCCGCUACCCGAAUCCCCUGCCCAGCCGCGAGGCCACAGCAGGCAAAACAGCCAACGGAUGCAGCAGCGGGAAGAUACGCGACCGCCACAGCGCGAGCAGAGUUCUCAGUUGCAUCAGCCGGCUAUCGAGGAUGAGCCCGAACCUGAACCAGAGCUUGGCGAAUACAGUGAAUUCGGCCCACCGAUCGACAUGUCUACACCAUCGCAAUUUCUGCGCCGCGCCAGUGGCUUUAACAGGGAUACCACGCAUCUAGAAAAUAUUGAAGAGGAUCCGGACGAUGAGAUGGAGGCAAGCACGACUACCCCGUCAGUACGGAGACACAAGACCCCUUCCCCUCACAAGCAAGAACCAAGUACAGCUGGAGAUCUACGGAAACAAAUACUUGAACUCGAAAACAAGCUGCAAGACCGCAAUGAGCAGCUGGAGAAGGGUCGUAGGCGCGUGCUGGAGGCAGCAUCCGCUGGCGAGCAAAUAAAGCACCUUCAGGGCGAGCUGCAGAGGAAGUCUGCUUUGUUAGAUGAAUUCUACGCCAAUCGUACUGACGAGACUAUUCUGCGAGAGCAAGUCCACAUGCUCCAGAAACAGAACGAAGAAAGAGAGACUUUCUUGCACAAGUCCACCAUCAAUGCCUCCGAGCUAAGUGCUCUUCAGAAGCAGAUUAGCGAUAUGCAGAAGGAGCUGCAGGACCGUGGAUCAUCACACCCGAACCUCGAUGCAGAGCGGCUCGACACCAUUGCAUACUUGCGACAGCAAUUAGAUCUGGCCCAGGAACAGCUGCGUAAGCGCGACGCAACCCUGGACGAGACGAUCGCGAAGCUCAAGGAAGUCACCGAUGCCAAAGAGCAGCAGCUCCGAGAGAAGAACACUGAAGUGGAUGAAUUAAAAGCCCAGAUCAGCAGCCACCUGCUCGAAAUAGAGAAGUUAGACACGGAGCUCGAGAACGUCAAUCAAGCCUACGAGACUCUGGAAGAACGAAUCGUCACUCUCGAGACGAAGAAUCGCCCCUUGGAGGAAAAGAACAGCACGCUCGAAGCCGACCUCACCCGCGCGCAGACCCAAGUUACUGCGCAGGAAAACGCCCUCAAGGCCAUGGCCGCCGACCUUCCCCUCGAAACCGGCGGCAACACCUAUACAGAAAUCCUCGAAUUGAUCAAGGAUCUGGGCCAACCCAGCCAGGGAUCUCGGAUUCUGAAUCCAGGCUCAUCAAGAAAGGACCCAGAAGAACAACAGCUGAAACGCCUCCGAGACGAACUCUCCAAACUUCAGUCCGAACUCACUGAGGCCAACUCGGCUAAGAGAACCCUCGAACUGCAGCUCUCGCGCUCGGAAGACCAGGCCGUCGAAGCGCAAACCCUCAUCCACUCCAUCGAGACCGAAAGCACCCGCCUCAGCAAGCGCGCCGACGACCUUCGCUCGAACCUCACCAAGACCCAGCAGGAACUGACCCAAAUGAAAGAGGAGCGCACCAAAGCCCUAGAAGCCAUCGACCGUCUGCAGAAGGAGCAACAACAACGACAAGAGGAUGAGAAGAAGAAACAAACCCGGCAGCAACAGCUGCAAAACCAACAACUCAGCCCCCCUCCUUCCCCUCCCGUCCCACAACCACAACAGCAACAGCAAUCACUACAGCUUCAACGUCAGAAGGAGCAAGAACUUCUCGAACAAACCCACUCUCUCCAGUCCGAACUCCGCACUCUGAAAGCGACCCAUGCCGCCGAGCUCGCGAAGCUCCGCGAGCUGCUGGCGGCGACGGAACACCGGGAAUCCCGGUACAAGGCGCAGGCGGGCUCGCUGCGCGAGCAGCGCGAGCGGCACCAGAGUGAGAGCCGCGCCCUCCGCCUCCAGGUCGAGCAUCUCGAGUCCGUGCUCGCGACGAAGGAGGAGACCGCCGCCGCCGUGGACGAGCGGAUUGCGCGCUCGGUGGAAAAGCGCGAGAAGGAGUGGCAGCGGCGCGUCGAGCUCCUGCUCAAGGAGCGGGAACGCAUGGGUCGCGCGCUGAUGUGGUCGUGGGGAGAAAAGGAAUUCGGUGGUGGUGGUGGUGCUACGGACGAGAAGGGGAGGCGGAAACAGGGGUAUCGGUACAAGUAU